CAUCAUUUCGAUUCGAACUGUCAAAACGUUUGCAACGCGUCUGGCAUCGUUCCGUGUUUGUUGUUUUUCUCCACAAAUUUAAUAUAUUUUCCCGUAAAAUAUGGAAACAAUUUUCGAAAUCCAACGCCGCCUGCACGAGGAAUGCGACCGGCUGGUGAUGUCAAUGUCGGAGGAGCUUCAAACGCCGAAAAAGACGACCAAGGAAAAGGUACUGGCGGAUCAUCGAAUCAAAAUUUACCUGGAACGGUAUCAGAGCUGCAGCCGGUCACUGCUCGAACUGUACCAGGACAAGGACGGCGAACGGAAGCAGGAGAUUACGAACAUGAGCGUGAACGAGUUUAAGGAGUUUUACAGUCAGUUCAACUCGCUGGUAGAGUUUCACCAGAACCAUGGGAAUAAUGUGGCCGUUCCGGCUUCGAUCGAGUUCGCUAAGCUGCGAGAGCAGUUGAAUGAUCCGGGGUAUCUGGCGGAGAUGGUCAAGUUUAGCGAUGUGGAGAACUACGGACAGUAUCUGGAUCUUCACGAGUGCUACGACAAUUACAUCAAUCUGAAGGGUAUCGAUAAGCUGGAUUACAUUACGUAUCUGUCGGAGUUUAAUAGGUUUUCUGAAGUACCGAAAAAGCAGAAAAAUUUAAAGUAUAAAAAAUAUCUGGAACUGUUACAUGAUUAUCUGUACGGGUUCAUCACCAGAAGUAGGCCGUUGUUUUUCGAGCUGGAGCAUACGGUAAAGAGGAACGAGCUGCAGUUUGCGGAUCUGUGGAAGAACGGCGAAGCACCCGGUUGGGAACGGGGCAAGGAUAUAGAGGAUGAUGCUAUGAUUAAUCUUAACGAAUUUUUCAAGUGGGAGGAUUUGACCUAUCUAGGGUUGGAUCGGUUGAAAAUGGCUCUGCAGGCAAUUGGCAUGAAAUGUGGCGGAACGCUGGAGGAACGAGCCCAGCGCCUUUUCGCAUGCAAAGAGGACAAAAACAAGGAAAACGAACGUAAACGGUUGAUGUACAACCAAAAGGACAGGGACAUUGCUUUGUUGGAAUACAAGAUCACCAAACUGGCCGAACUGGUUGAUGAUCAGAUAUACGAGACGAAGAUUAAUCUGCAGCGAAAACAGGCCCGCUAUAUGGUGGAUGAAAGUGAAGAUGACAGUAUGGACGAGAUUGAAUCGGACGACGAUGAUGGUAUUCCGUACAAUCCGAAGAAUCUUCCACUUGGUUACGAUGGUAAACCAAUUCCCUACUGGUUGUACAAGCUGCACCAGUUGCACUUUACCUACGAGUGUGAAAUUUGUGGCAAUUAUAAGUAUAACGGACCGAAGGCCUUCCAGAAUCACUUUUCCGAGUGGCGACACGCACACGGAAUGCGUUGCUUGGGAAUCCCGAAUACGGCUCACUUUGCCAAUAUAACGAAGAUCGAAGAUGCGCUCGUCCUGUGGGAUAAGGUUAAGGAGCAAACAUUCUCCAAAAUGUGGGUCCCAGCGAACGAGGAGGAAUUUGAGGACUCACGGGGCAACAUUCUCAGCAAGAAGGUGUAUCUUGAUCUGCAGAAGCAGGGUCUGCUUUAAGAAGAUUUGAUUCAACUAAAAACUAUUCUAUAGAUUGUGCAUUUCUACUAUUGGCGGAGCAAAUAAAGUGGUUUAAAUUUA